UUUAGAAAAUGAUUACUUACUCACUCUUUAAACUCAAUCUUCUUCUACAUAAUGACAAAUUCUUCAUUUGUUUUUCAUUCUUCACUUUAUUUUGAUUCUCUGCCCAUCCGUUUCUUAUUCUCACUCCCAUUCUGCUAUAUAUAUAGUAGCCAGUUCUUUCUCCAUUUUUAUUCACUCUGUGUUCAUUUCAUCGUCCUUUCUUCUCAUCUUCCCCGUUUCAACAAAGAAAAAUGGUGGGACCUACCUUUGAACAACAGCUCAGAAACCUCCUUCGCUCCAUGCAUGACCAGGGUAUUCUGGAUCAUCAUUUUGAGAAUGUCAGGAGAUUGCAGGCUCACGGGAAUCCGCAUUUUCUCACCGAAGUGAUCACUAUGUUCGUCAAUGAUGCUGAUGGUUCCAUGGGAGAAAUAACCAGACUCAUCAAUCAACCUGAACUGGACUACGAAACUUUAGGUCAGUAUCUCCAUCAGCUGAGGGGGAGUAGCGCGAGCAUUGGCGGUUGCCGGAUGGCUAAUGCUUGUCGUGAAUUUCGCCAAGCUGUUGAUGCCAGGGACAAGGAAAGGUGCAUAAACGGUUUUCAUGGGAUUAGACAUGAGUAUCGGGAUCUUCGCGCUUGCUUUGAUAGUAUUUUGCAGAUACAGAGAUCAAUCAUAGAAUAUGAGAAUCGAAGGCGUCAACCAUAGAGAGCUGCCCAUGAAAGGGGACCUAAAUGCCUGCUUAAUUAGGUUAUGUUUAUAUGAAUAAAUUAAGUUAAAUAGAAGUAAACAUGGAACUUGUUUGAGGACAACUUGUUUGGUAGAUUUGAGGAUGUUUCAUUUGGUGUGUUUGUUUCAUCAUUCAUAUUUGUGUGUGAACUCUGAACAUCAAUACUGCUUUUGUUAGGCAAUGUGUUUGAACCUAUUAAAGCAUGUUAUUUGAAGCAGGCAAUGUUUCACUUGAAGGAA